AUGGCGGUUUGUGACCAGAGCCUCCCGCCCCAGGAGCAUGGGAGUCCCGUGGUGGUGAAUGAAGUGCCAGAGGCGGCCGAGAAUUACAGGAAGUUAUUCCAGGAGAUGUUGGACACAUUGAAGGAGAAACUUGAGGCAGCUAAAAUCAUACUGGCUGAUGAACAAGAAAGAAUGGUGAUGAUGCAGAAAGAGGAGCAGAAUUUUAAAGAAAUGAUUGAGUCUGAGUAUAGCAUAAGGAUCCGGUUGAUGACUGAAGAAAUUAGGAUGAACUUGCGAAGCCUGCAAGGCAGAGUCAACCUGGAUUUGAGACAAACCAGUCAGAACCAACUGAUGGAAUUUUCCUCAAAGCUAAAGGAGAAGUUCCAGGAAACACUACAGAGACUGAACCUUCUGGGGAGAGAGAACAUGAAGAAACUAAAGGAGAGUGAAGUCAGGCUUUCUGAACAGAUCUGCAGCCUCCAGCAGAUCACUGUGGAGCUCGAGGAGAAGUGUAGGCAGCCCUCCUCAGUGUUGCUCCAGAAUGCAAAAUAUGCUUUGGAAAGGAGUGAGUCACUACUGCAUCAGUUUCUUCAGCCCGCCCAAAUCACAGACCUGAGUGUGUGCCAAAUAACAGGAAUGAGCAAAAUGCUCAAAGUGCUGCAAAGACCUAUAACUUUCGACCCUAAAACAGCUCAUCCCUAUCUGGUCUUGUCCGAGGAUCUAAGGAGUGUGAGACUUGGAAACGUGCAGCGUGGUGUACCCGGUCACCCUGAGAGAUUUGAUUUCAGCGCCACCGUGUUGGGUGUGCAGAGCUUCACCUCAGGGCGGCACUACUGGGAGGUGGACGUGGGCAAGGCGGCGCAGUGGCAGCUGGGCGUGUAUAGGAGCUCCGCCGUCAGAAACAGUUCCGGAAAUAAGGUCUUACUCACAGGAUCUCUCAUGGGAACUGAUCACACCUUCUGGGCUUUUCCCCCUUUCAAAAGGGUCUCCUUCAGAGAGCGAGUGCACAGAGUUGGAGUUUUCCUGGACUAUGAGUAUGAGCAGAUAUCGUUCUAUGAUGCCGCAAAGGGCUCCCUCAUCUAUAAUUUCUCUUAUCUCGCCUUCCAGGGAGCUCUCAGGCCUAUAUUUUCUCUCAGUAUCUCCAGUGGAGGCGUGAAUUCAGACUCUCCGACUAUCUGCCUCCCUCACGUUUCUCCUUGUAAUGAUACUAUUGGCCCUCAGUCCUCUUCAAGGUGUGAAAUCUAA